GGUCACUUCUAAUGCUUAAUGCAGCCGACUCCAAGUGCGUCUGGGAGAACAUGACAUUGACGUCCUUGAGGGAGAUGAGCAGUUCAUUCAGGCAGCCAAGAUCAUCCAGCACCCCAACUUUCAUAAAGACACCUUAAAUAACGACAUCAUGCUGAUCAAACUGGCAUCCCCCGCCACCUUCAGUGCUCGAGUGUCUACAGUCUCUCUGCCCACAUCCUGUCCAUCCACUGGGACUCAGUGCCUCGUGUCUGGCUGGGGCAACACCCUGAGCUUUGGAGUCAAAUAUCCUUCCCUCCUGCAGUGUCUGGACGCCCCUGUGCUCUCUGACACUGCUUGCCACAAUUCCUACCCAGGCAAGGUCACUGACAACAUGUUCUGCCUGGGCUUCCUGGAGGGGGGAAAGGACUCCUGCCAGGGUGACUCUGGUGGCCCCGUGGUCUGCAAUGGUGAGCUCCAGGGUAUUGUGUCCUGGGGCUUGGGCUGUGCUCUGAAAGGCAAACCCGGUGUCUACACCAAGGUCUGCAACUACCUGGACUGGAUUCAAGAGACCAUUGCUGCCAACUAAACACCUUUCUCUCUUCAUGAUCCACCCCUUGGUCUCAACUUUACCUUUAAUCUAUGUGACCUCCGAGG